GGCGGGACAGUGUAUCACAAAUGGGACCGUGAGGCUUUGCGUUUCCUCUUUCCAGCCAGCGCCGAGCGAUGGGCAUCUCUCGGGAUAACUGGCACAAGCGCCGCAAAACCGGGGGUAAAAGGAAACCCUACCACAAGAAGCGGAAGUAUGAGCUGGGACGCCCUGCCGCCAACACGAAGAUCGGCCCCCGUCGCAUACACACAGUCCGAGUUCGGGGUGGCAACAAGAAAUACCGUGCUCUGAGGCUGGAUGUGGGCAACUUUUCCUGGGGUUCUGAGUGUUGUACUCGUAAAACAAGGAUCAUUGAUGUUGUCUACAAUGCAUCCAAUAACGAGCUGGUCCGCACCAAAACCCUAGUAAAGAACUGCAUUGUGCUCAUCGACAGCACACCGUACCGGCUGUGGUAUGAAUCCCAUUAUGCACUGCCCCUGGGCCGCAAGAAGGGGGCCAAGCUGACUCCUGAGGAGGAAGAGAUUUUAAACAAAAAGCGAUCCAAGAAAAUUCAGAAGAAAUAUGAUGAAAGAAAAAAGAAUGCCAAAAUCAGCAGUCUAUUAGAGGAGCAAUUCCAACAAGGGAAGCUUCUUGCCUGCAUUGCAUCCCGACCAGGCCAGUGUGGCCGAGCAGAUGGCUAUGUGCUAGAAGGCAAGGAGCUGGAAUUCUAUCUGAGGAAGAUCAAGGCCCGGAAAGGCAAAUAAAGUCAUCUACCAUCCUUAGCUCAUGUAAUAAAAGUGUUUAUUGUUCUAUGUCU